AUUUUAUAUGCAUAUUAAAUUUUUGUCCACUUUCUGGGCUUUUCCGGCAGCUUAUAAAAGCUGUAUCGGAUCUCUGGACUCAGCUCAGUCGGUUCUGGACACAUUUUCCACGAACAUCAUGGAUUAUUUUCAUCUUCUGGCUGUCUUUGCUUUGGGACUUUUCCUGAAUGUUGAAGCCACUUUGAUGAAAUGCGCUUGUGAUCCUGGCGCUAAAGGGGAACGAGGACCUCCUGGACCUCCGGGACCACCGGGUCCUCCAGCUGGCCUCGCGGGCAGCGGUUCUGGGGGCUAUUGGGGCUACCCUCCCACCGGACCUUUUCCACCGAAUGUUCCGAUUAUCCCGGGGCCUAGAGGUCUACCUGGUCCACCGGGACCUCCUGGAUAUUGCUUCCCCUGCCCAGCCAUUCCGCCAGUUCGUUCAUUCCCACCACCUGGAGUACCGAUUCCGCCAUUCAUCUCCUCUCAAGCCGUUCCCGGAGGUUUAGGAGCCUCAGCGCUGACUACAGCUGUGGGAAAUAUUAUUGUGAUUCCCGGAGGAGCAGGAACUGGAUUGACGGGUCGUGCCCAGUUCUUCCACAUCUCGCCCGAUGGCCAGGUGAUGCAGAUCGACCGUCCGCAGAAUCUGCCAGUUGAUUUGUUCGAUUCGCCCCAAAACGCUGCAGCUCCAAUUCCGGCCCCACAACCAACAUCGGCAUCCAUUUCGGGGAUCACACCACCGGCCGUCCAGGUGGCUCCCACGCAGCCUACUACCGGAGAUCUGGGAGCUCAGCAGCCCACUCUGCUUCCGGAAAACGUCGAUGAAACCAUCUUUGCGGUGGGUAAUCGGAAGGACUUUUUGCGAGGAGGGUCCGAGGCAAGUGACUGGAGAAGGAUUCUUCUAUUGGGAGAGCGACCGUCGGAUGUCCUGCUGCCGCCCAAUGGACCCUCCGUGCAACCGCACAGUCCCAACCUGGAGAGCAGCGUGGAGAGCUUCCAACGGGCUCUCGUGGAGCUGAAGGAAAAGUACGCCAAUCUCGUCCAGCCACGCAGUGCCAACCAAUAUGCGGUCUAUAUUUGAGGAAAAGAUUAUAAACUAGUUGAAUAAUAAUAAACAAAACAGUACUGAUUAUGUCUAACCGAAAA